AACGACAAAUCUUCAAUCACCAUGACUGUGCUAUCAUCUACAGAUCGAGAUGAGGCUGAGAAGAAGGUGAAGAGUUCGUAUUUUGACUUGCCGCCUAUGGAAGUAUCUGUAGCAUUUCCUCAAGCAACUCCAGCUUCUAAGUUCCCACCUUGCAGUAAGUACUUUAUUUCCAGAGAUUAUGUAUGUUUUAAGAAGCUUUUGCUUCAAUCUGUGUGUUACUACUUGAUUACAGCUUCAGACUAUUAUCAUUUCAAUGAACUAUUGACUCCGGAGGAACAGGCUGUGAGGAAGAGAGUGAGGGAGUUCAUGGAGAAAGAAGUUGCCCCAAUUAUGACAGAGUACUGGGAGAAGGCAGAGUUUCCAUUUCAUAUCAUUCCAAAGUUUGGAGCUUUGGGUGUUGUUGGUGGCUCCAUCAAGGGAUAUGGCUGUCCUGGCCUCUCCAUCACAGCCAAUGCAAUUGCGACAGCAGAGAUAUCUAGAGUUGAUGCAAGCUGUGGGACUUUUGUUUUGGUGCAUAGCUCUUUGGGCAUGCUCACUAUUGCACUUUGUGGAUCAGAAGAACAAAAGCAGAAGUAUUUGCCUUCUUUGGCUCAGAUGAAAACUGUGACUUGUUGGGCUUUGACAGAACCUGACAAUGGAAGUGAUGCAAGUGCUCUACAAACAACUGCCACAAAGGUUGAAGGAGGUUGGGUACUUACGGGACAAAAGCGUUGGAUCGGUAACAGCACCUUUGCAGAUCUGUUGAUCAUCCUUGCUAGGAAUACAACAACUAACCAAGUGAACGGAUUCAUAGUCAAGAAAGAUGCACCUGGAUUGACAGUUACUAAGAUCCCAAAUAAAAUAGGUUUACGUAUUGUUCAAAAUGGAGAUAUUCUACUACAGAAUGUCUUUGUUCCUGAUGAGGAGCGGUUACCUGGACUAAAUUCUUUUCAGGACACAAGCAAGGUCCUGGCUGUGUCACGGGUAAUGGUGGCCUGGCAACCAAUUGGAAUAUCAAUGGGAGUCUACGACAUGUGCCACAGGUAUCUACUGGAGAGGAAACAAUUUGGAGCACCGUUGGCUGCUUUCCAGAUAAACCAACAGAAGCUGGUGAAGAUACUGGGUAAUGUUCAAGCGAUGUUUCUGAUGGGUUGGCGCCUCUGCAAGCUAUAUGAGGCGGGUAAGAUGACUCCUGGUCAAGCCAGUUUAGGAAAGGCAUGGAUUACAUCAAAGGCACGUGAAACUGCUUCGCUGGGUCGGGAAUUACUGGGUGGGAAUGGAAUUGUAGGAGAUUUUCUGGUGGCAAAGGCUUUCUGUGACCUUGAACCGAUUUAUACAUACGAAGGGACUUAUGAUAUAAACACAUUAGUGACGGCGAGGGAAGUAACUGGGAUCGCGAGCUUCAAACCCGCUGCUUCACGGAGCCGUAGCCGUCUUUAA